AUGCGCGCAGUGCGCAAACGGAAGGAUCAGCAUCAGAGGCCGUUCACCUGCUCAGACUGUGGGAAGGGAUUCACAUUGUCAACUCACCUACUGAGACACCAGUCAGUUCACACUGGGGAGAGGCCGUUCACCUGCUCAGACUGUGGGAAAAGAUUCACUUUGUCAUCUCAACUUAAGGUACAUCAGCGGGUUCACACUGGGGAGAGGCCGUUCACUUGCUCAGACUGUGGGAAGGGAUUCACUCAGUCAUCCUACCUACAAGCACACCAGUCAGUUCACAUUGGGGAGAGGCCAUUCGCCUGCUCGGACUGUGGGAAAGGAUUCACUUCAUCAUCUCAAUUUAAGGUACAUCAGCGAGUUCACACUGGGGAGAGGCCGUUCACCUGCUCAGACUGUGGGAAAGGAUUCAGUUCAUCAUCUAACCUCAAAGUGCAUCAGCGAGUUCACACUGGGGUGAGGCCGUUCACCUGCUCAGAAUGUGGGAAGGGAUUCACUCAGUCAUCCAACCUACGGAGUCACCAGCGAAUUCACACUGGGGAGAAGCCAUUCAUCUGCUCAGACUGUGGGAAAGGAUUCAGUUCAUUAUCUAACCUUAAGGUGCAUCAGCGAGUUCACACUGGGGAGAGGCCGUUCACAUGCUCAGACUGUGGGAAAGAAUUCACUUCAACAUUCCAACUUAAGUUACAUCAGCGAGUUCACACUGGUGAGAGGCCGUUCAUCUGCUCAGAAUGUGGGAAAGGAUUCACUUCGUCAUCUAACCUUAAGCUACAUGAGCGAGGUCACAGUGGGGAGAGGCCAUUCACCUGCUCAGACUGUGGGAAGGGCUUCAGGUCGUCAUCUCACCUACUGAAACACCAAUUAGUACACACUGGUGAGAGGCCAUUCACCUGCUUGGACUGUGGGAAAAGAUUCACUCAGUCAUCCCACCUGCAAGCACAUCAGCGAGUUCACACUGGGGAGAGGCCGUUCACCUGCGCAGACUGUGGGAAAGGAUUCACUCAGUCAUCUACACUUAAGGUACAUCAGCGCGUUCACACAGGGGAGAGGCCGUUCACCUGCGCAGAGUGUGGGAAAGGAUUCACUUCGUCAUCUACACUUAAGUUACAUCAGCGAGUUCUAAAAGCUUCCAAAUAG